GUGAACACUUACUGUGAACACUUGCUGUGAACACUUACUGUGAACACUUACUGUGAACACUUACUGUGAACCAGUGCGCCCAGAAACGAUCUCAAGAUGGAGACAAGUGGAAACAAAAAAAGCAGGAAAGGCAGGAACAAGAGGAUCAUCAAACAUAUCCCGCGUACCUCCAAUCAGGGUGGUGCUCCCCUCAGCCCAGAAAAAAAGUCUGUCAAGACUGAAGACCGGGCCAGCAAAAAGGACCAAGAGGAAAGGGAGAAACCUCAACCGGUGGUGGAGGAAAAGAAAGAAAAACCUCAGCCGGUAAACCCAUGGAAGAAAAACCUCCAAGAGGGGAGCAACCUGGUGUACUGCCAGGUACAUAACAAAGCUGAUUACCCUGCCCUGCCGAGACGAUAUUUCAGGCAGGGUCAGAUGAGACAGGAGCCAGAGUUACCAACUACAGCUCCAGAGUCACAGCCUGCCAAAUCACCUGAGGAGGCAGAGCCUGUCACAGCUCCCCAAGAGCCAGAGCCUGUCACAGCUCCGCCAGAGCCUGUCACAGCUCCCCAAGAGCCAGAGUCUGCAACAGCACCUGAAAAGCCAGAAUCUGUCACAGCUCCUCAGGGGCCAGAGCCUGUCACAGCUCCUCAGGUGCCAGAGCCUGUCACAGCUCCCCAAGAGCCAGAGCCUGUCACAGCUCCCCAAGAGCCAGAGUCUGCAACAGCACCUGAAAAGCCAGAAUCUGUCACAGCUCCUCAGGGGCCAGAGCCUGUCACAGCUCCUCAGGAGCCAGAGCCUAAAACAACUCCUCAGGAGCCAGAGCCUGCCACAGCCCUCCAAGAGCCAGAGCCUAAAACAACUCCUCAGGAGCCAGUGCCUGCAACAGCUCCUCAGGAGCCAGAGCCUGCCACAGCCCUCCAAGAGCCAGAGCCUAAAACAACUCCUCAGGAGCCAGUGCCUGCAACAGCUCCUCAGGAGCCAGAGCCUGCCACAGCCCUCCAAGAGCCAGAGCCUGAAACAACUCCUCAGGAGCCAGUGCCUGCAACAGCUCCUCAGGAGCCAGAGCCUGCCACAGCCCUCCAAGAGCCAGAGCCUGCAACAACUCCUCAGGAGCCAGGGCCUGCAACAGCUCCUCAGGAGCCAGAGCCUGCCACAGCCCUCCAACAGCCAGAGCCUGCAGCAGCUCCUCAGGAGCCACAUCCAACCACAUUAACCAAAUUAUUUGCUGAUCUAGGGUUCACUGUGACAGCAGGACAACUGCCUGCAUGUCCAGUCCAGAAAACCAGUGUGGAGGUCUACUGUGAGCAGACCAACCAGGCUCUGCUCCAGAUCCCUGAGCUUGAGCUUCAGAGGAUCGGAGAAGAGAAGGAGGAGCAGAUCUCCAAACUGGCAAAGGAGAAAGAAGUCCUGCUAAAAGAGGUAGUGCAAUGGAAACAAUUGCUGAAGAGCCAAACAACAGAGGCAAACCUCCAGCAAGGAUUUCUAAAAGCUCAGCUUUCCAAAGAGAGGCAGGCCAACAGUGAAGCGUCUAAUAAAAUUAGGCAGUUAGAGAACGCUCUGGAGGCUGAGAAGAAAGAGCAGGGAGAGAUGGAAAUGGUCUUGGCCCAAAACAUGGAGUUAACAUUUAGAAUGGAGGCUACCUUGGUCCAGACAAACAAGGACCUGCAAUACAAAACACACCAGUGGGAGGAGGACAGGUCCCAUCUCCUGGCCAAACAGCAGGAUGAGACCUCCCGUUUGUUGGCAGCACUCAAGCAGGCUAAAGAGGACCUCGAGAACGAGAGGCGCCAGUGGAAGGAGGAAAAGUCCCUUCUACUGGAGUCUCUCAGUAACAAGACCCCCGAGGUGAGGGAGGGAGCCAGCGGUGGCUUGACUGAUCUGUCUGACCUGGAGAAGCAGACAGAUGAGAUCAAGAUAGAAGAACAAGAGCCCAAGAAAAGCAAGAAGAAAUCUCUGUGGAAAAGAUUCCGCCAGUUAUUCAAAUAAACUGGAGCUCUCCACCCUGCACCUCUCUCCCACCACCACACCACCUACUAUUAACCCUCACCCCUAAUCUCCCGUUUACCCUUUUCCUCUCAUUAAAUGCAUAAAUAUAUGAAAUGCAUGCAUUUCAUAUAUUUAUGCAUUUCCUAAUUCCUAUUAUGUCUGUAUGUG